AUGUACCACCCUUCAAGAGGAGGAGUGCGUGGAGGACAAGAUCAGUUUGACUGGGAAGACGUGAAGGCUGAUAAGUACAGAGAAAACUAUUUAGGUGAAAAAGACGCCAUACUGUCAAGGUCAGGUGUGCAAAAAAAAAAAAAAAAUUUUGCAAGUCCUUUUAACAAAGGUUAGAGUUCAAUAUGCUAGUGCCAAGAGAUUCUUGCUAGUGCGCAAUGGUACACAAGUGCCUCUUCUGUUUCUCACAUGCAAAGCCGUCCUAAAAAAGGUGUCCCUCGUUCCGAACCUUAUGACGAAAAAGACGGAAUCAGAAAUGGCUUCGACAGGACUGAUUCGCGGAUGGUCGCCCAACUAGUUUCUAACAACUACCGACAGGGUAGGGGUGUAGCUACCUGUACGCACGGUACGCACGUGCGCCUGACAAAGUCGUUCACAAAAGUAAAUAAAAAUAAUAAAUAAAUAAUGAUUAAAUAAUAAAAAAAUAAAAGUUAAUUCUAAAAAGAAAGCAAAAUAUUGAAAGAUAAUUAUUUUAAGAGCACAGUUUGCCUCAUUUCAUUCAACUCUGGUUGCUUCUUUGAAGUGAUUACAAUUUUUUCUAAAACAACGGACUUUCUUUUUCCUCUCCUGACCCAAAUGUCGGUUUCCAGAUAAACGAAGUAAGUGAUUAAUGGACCGAAUCUUGAAUAACAUAUAUAUCUAGUGUAAAGAUGGAAAGCGUUUUAAAUAAAAACGUGUUCGGAUUCCUAACCGCUUACGCACAUUAGUAAAUCCUUGAGUGAACGAAGAAGGUCACGGUCACGGCGAAGGGCAGCGCACUUUUCUUUAAUUACAACUUGUACGAACACGUACACGACGUUAAAUUUCCUUUAGCGACGUUAUUCGGAGGACGUAAACACAGGGGCAAAUUCAAUUUCUUCUCCGAGUCCAAACUUGGGUGCGUUCCCCAAGACUCCUUAGGGAAGUUUACCGUAUAUUUGCCAUUUUAAGAGACUUGAAAUAAACGCGAAAAAGUUUUGGUACAAAAAAAAAGCGCUCAUUCAUUUUGAGAACUAGGGACGUUUUCAUUGCCCUCGUCGUUGUCGUUGCUAAGCACCCUACAUUCAUGAAAGUGACAUUUCCAUUUUAGUUUUACUGCGUACCAAGCAGGCUUAACUUUUGUGCAACACCGCGAGUUACGCGAGGGGUUACAAUGCGUGAAAUACGUAUUUCUAUUAUUAAAUUGAACAAAAAAAUCUAUGUAUAUAGCUGGGGAUAUAGCUUUACUUAUCCCAGGAGUUCUUAAUGCAUAAAAAUAUAAACAUAUGCAGAGCGAAAUGACAAAUGAAAAGGAUAGAAAUUAAUGGGAUGGAACCUUUUCAGUUGUAUUUCUAUUAUUAUAAAUAGGCGUAUAGUUUUAGAGAGGAAAUAAAUUUCGUGACAGAAAAUCUAUUCUCUCUUUGACAGAGAGAACAUUCUUGUGGGCCGUGAGAUGCUUUUGGAGGGCGUCUUUGCUGUUAUGCGCGCCAAGCAACCUCACUGGACGCAAGUCACUAUUGUUGAAAAGAACUUCGUCUGACGAACUUGUAAAUCUUUCUUUAAUCAUUCGCAAAAACAAUUUUUAGUAUUAAAGAUUCAUCUGACUGUGGAACAAAAAUUAAGGGUUUUGGCCUCUCGUAGCCCGCAAACAAAUCUGCGUUAGUAGGCUAUCCAAAUAGCUGCUCCUGCAGAAACUGCAUAAAUUGAUUUUCGACUUCAAAAAAGGGAACGGUUAGAAGAACAACCAGUUGAGCUAGGACUUUCCUUAUUAUUGAUUAUUAUCAUCAGUGUAAUCGUAUUAAGACCCAGAAUCUCAUUCAUUUGUUGCAAAAUGGUCAUGUUUCGCUUCAGGGCCAUAUAGUUCACCUUUAUAUAACACGAGUUUCUUCUAUUCUAGUAUUUCAUGUAAGUGCUAUCUCGUCGAAAGAAAAUUUAACAAAAAGAAAACUAAAGAUUGGAAUAUCAAGAACAAGACGAAUCCUGAUAAAACCAUUGUGAUCAAACCAUUGAGGUCGGAAUCGUGUGCUCAUUAUGCUUGCUAAAUCAAUCCAGUCCACUGACGAAUGUCCUGACGCAUUUUCGUGUGGCCGAAGGAACUUGGUGACUAGAACAAAUUUCAAGAUGGCGGCAAUGUGGAUCUUGAAGGACGUUUCAAAGUCUUCUCUUGAUCAGUAGAAAUAGUUUUCAAAAUAUACGCAAAGAUAGCAAGAUGUACCACCCUUCAAGAGGAGGAGUGCGUGGAGGACAAGAUCAGUUUGACUGGGAAGACGUGAAGGCUGAUAAGUACAGAGAAAACUAUUUAGGUGAAUCUCAAGUGUGUUCCAAUUCUCUCAUAACCGAAUUUGAGCUUUAAAACUUCAGAAUAACCGGCCACUUUUUAAAAUAAACAUCUUUAAAAGCUACUCACAUUGGCACGCAAUCGCAAAAAUCUACAAAGCAAAUACAAAAAUGACGUCAAACUGUAUAUAUAUCAUUCUUUCUUCUUUCACAUCAAAUUAAGUUAAGCUAGUUUUGAAAAAUAUUUGUUGACGCGAGGAAUGCAGGAGCAUUUGUUUCCCUUUAAUACCCGAUUUUAAUAGAUCCAUCAACUACAGGACUGUAGUACUAUAGGAGCAUCUGUUUUACUUACUUGAUUGUAGUAAAUUUAUUGACUACAGGACAACGGGACCACAGGACUGCAGUACUGUGAACUGAAAACACACACCAUUUACUUGAUGACUGUGGGACCAUGGGAGUAAUCGACACUGAGUUAACAGAUAUCACUCACAUGUACAGGACUGUAUUCCAGUAGUGCCCGGUGGUGCCACGGUGUCUAGAAAAUCUUAGUUUUUUUCUUACAAAUCACAUGCUGGGCACCCUAGAUUUUACAGUUUCAGAGCACCGGGCUCCCUUUAAUUUUCCUUAGAGCUCAGUCUUGCAUGCCAGAAGCCAGGGAUAUUCUGAAGUUGCUCCAAUAAUUGCUGGCAGCUUUUUGUCAUGCCCAUAGUGAUGUUUUUAAAGCCAUUUAGUGAGCGACGAUUUGUUAUGCUGGACUCAUUAUUGCGCUCCACAAAUAAGUUUAUGUUUUUGACUUGAAGUGAAGUUCAGAUGGCUGGAUACUGGCCAAGGCCCUCUGUUUGUGUUUUUAUCGACUGGCCAGUUUCCGACUAAAUGAUACUUAUGCAUUUCUACAUUCCAAGAAUUCUCUUAUUCUCUCUACUUUAAUUAGUUUUUUAGCAGGCUCGCUUGUUUGGGGUCAUGCGUGAGUAUCUUGGCAGCCUCUGUGGCUCCACUGCCAAGAUACUCGCGCGUGACCCCAAACAAGCGAGUCUGCUAGCGGGCUAUAUUUUAACAGGAGAUGUAACUGCCUGAAAACCACACCCUGUAAUUGCCCAUAUAUAUGUUGUGAUAUACAGUAGAAACUAGGUAACUCAAACUCUAAAGGAGAAUGAAUAACAGUUUGAGUUAACAGGGAAUUUGAGUUAUCGAUGUUCUACUGUACUCUGCAUGCACUGUGUUUAAAGUGGUAAUGUCUUGUUUUAGAUAAGGCUCUGUUUUUAGGGUAAAAUUUCAACAAGCAACAUAGCCUUGCAACAGCAACAUGAGACAGAUAAAAAUUAAUGACAACAAAUGACUUGAAGAUGGCUUUGAAACUGCAACAGCGAUGAGCACAAUAUUAUUGAAAAUACAAUAGUAAAAUACUGUCAAGGACAUGUCCUCCACAGUAAGCAAAAUGUCCGGUUUUGAAAUUCAGCCUACAGGUAUAAAUCCCUCACUAAGAGGACCUGUUGAAAAGAUGCAGAAUAAUAAAUAUUUUUUUCAACCACUUGGUAGAAAAGGAGUUUAUUUCGCAGCAGAGGGAAAUGCUUUUGAUCUUGUUCACCAGCAUGACUACAGUUAUGUCUGCUGAAAACCUGCCAUACCCUUAGUCUUACCUUUCCUUUCCAACUUUAUCCUCAUGAUAAAUGCAUUUUCUGGUAUCAUUCUGCGAGCUUCUGUUAUAUAUCUGCUUAAAAAAUGGCCCUUUUCCAUUGCCACAUUUGUCACAACACAAUGCAAAUAUAGCUAAUGCAACUGCAAGAAAUGUUCAUUUUGCUUAUUUAGGGGGGUUGCUUAUUGGAAUUUUUGGGUGGGGUACUGCUUGACUCUAAGUUCUAUAACAUUAACGUUUUUUGUGUGCAUUCACUAGGUCACUCAGUCAAAGCCCCAGUGGGAAGAUGGCAAAAGGGAAAGGAUCUUCACUGGUAAAUCUUUUUUUUUUUCUAAGCAUUGAAUUUUUCUUCAUUCCUUGUCUUAAGACUAUUCACGACAACUUAUUUUUCAUUAUCUGCCAUAAACAGUCUAGUUUUAAAAUCAGCUAAAUUUUAAUCAGUUAUACACUUAUUUACAGGUAUACAAAGGGUGGUAAAGCAGACUCUGCAAUUUCCAAGCAACAGGUGAGGUAAAUUCUGUAUUACAACCAACGUUAAAUUCGUAGAUUUAGCCAGAGCUUAAAGUGAAGCUCCCUUUAAUGCAUUUUAAAUUUACCUCAGAUAAUGGACUUGAAACCAGUGCAAAGAAAUCCAUAAAUCUAAACUUAACGUUAUGGGAGUGAAAAACAUAAACUUCAGCCUGUGAUCAACUAAAAGCUAAUAACUAGUCAAGAGAAAAUUAAAAAAAACACGUGACCUUGAUGGGUUGGUACCUGAGCCAGCCUGUGAUGUGGUCAUGAGACUUUGGUCAGCAGAUACCUUGUUUUGAUGUCCAUUGUCAAGUUAAACACAAGUUACAGGCUCCCACACUAGCAAGAAGUUUGACAUUUCACAUUGGUUAGCCUGUGGUGCAGAUGGAUAGAUUACCAAAUUUUCUUAGGUAUGGGGCUUAGCUCAUACAUGCUUUGCGCGCACGUAGGGUUCUGCUUUCACUGUUGAUUAAUUUAAGGAUGGAGCCUCUUUCUUUUAUACUGUCCAAAUUUUUGGUACAAAAUAAGAAAAUCUGAGAAUCUUGAUUAUUUCAGUCGUGCUGCCUCAUCAUAGACCCUCCACCCCCACCCCCACCCCCAGCCCCAAAAUAUUUCUCAGGCAUUAUUGAUCACCUGGACUUAAUUGUAUUUCUUAGCAGAAGGUUUUGAAUAAAUUUAUGUUGGAAUAUUGUCUUUUAAAUUUCAGGAGAAAGAUGCUAUAAAGAAAAUGGAGGCAGAAGCUUUGGCUAUAGCUCUGUGAGUAAACAAAAGACAAAGUUGCUCCAAUAAUUGCUGGCAGCUUUUUGUCAUGCCCAUAGUGAUGUUUUUAAAGCCAUUUAGUGAGCGACGAUUUGUUAUGCUGGACUCAUUAUUGCGCUCCACAAAUAAGUUUAUGUUUUUGACUUAAAGUGAAGUUCAGAUGGCUGGAUAAUGGCCAAGGCUCUCUGUUUGUGUUUUUAUCGACUGGCCAGUUUCCUACUAAAUGAUACUUAUGCAUUUCUAUAUUCCAAGAAUUCUCUUAUUCUCUCUACUUUAAUUAGCCUUUUAGCAGGCUCGCUUGUUUGGGGUCAUGCGUGAGUAUCUUGGCGGCCUCCGCGGCUCCACUGCCAAGAUACUUGCGUGUGACCCCAAACAAGCGAGUCUGCUAUCGGGCUAUAUUUUAACAGGAGAUGUAACUGCCUGAAAACCACACCCUGUAAUUGCCCAUAUAUAUGCUGUGAUAUACAGUAGAAACUAGGUAACUCAAACUCUAAAGGAGAACAAAUAACAGUUUGAGUUAGCAGGGAAUUUGAGUUAUCAUUUUUGAUCAAGGGAAAGGAAAUUUAUUUUGAGUUAACAGGGAAUUCAAGUUAUUGAUGUUCCACUGUACUCUGCAUGCACUGUGUUUAAAGUGGUAAUGUCUUGUUUUAGAUAGGCUCUGUUUUUAGGGUAAAAUUUCAACGUGCAACAUAGCCUUGCAAAAGCGACAUAAGACAGAUAAAAAUUAAUAACAACAAAUGACUUGAAGAUGGCUUUGAAACUGCAACAGCGAUGAGCACAAUUGAAAAUACAAUAGUAAAAUACUGUCAAGGACAUGUCCUCCUCAGUAAGCAAAAUGACCGGUUUUGAAAUUCAGUUUACAGGCAUAAAUCUCUCACUAAGAGGACCUGUUACAAUGUAGAUGCCACCAUCACUAAAUGGCGCAGUGCAAGAGAUUGAAAAGAUGCAGAAUAAUAAAUAAUUUUUUCAACCACUUGGUAGAAAAGGAGUUUAUUUCGAAGCAGAGGGAAAUGCUUUUGAUCUUGUUCAUCAGCAUGACUACAGUUAUGUCUGCUGAAAACCUGUUAUACGCUUAGUCUUACCUUUCCUUUCCAACUUUAUCCUCAUGAUAAAUGCAUUUUCUGGUAUCAUUCUGCGAGCUUCUGUUAUAUAUCUGCUUAAAAAAUGGCCCUUUUCCAUUGCCACAUUUGUCACAACACAAUAAAGUUGCUCCAAUAAUUGCUGGCAGCUUUUUGUCAUGCCCAUAGUGAUGUUUUUAAAGCCAUUUAGUGAGCGACGAUUUGUUAUGCUGGACUCAUUAUUGCGCUCCACAAAUAAGUUUAUGUUUUUGACUUGAAGUGAAGUUCAGAUGGCUGGAUACUGGCCAAGGCCCUCUGUUUGUGUUUUUAUCGACUGGCCAGUUUCCGACUAAAUGAUACUUAUGCAUUUCUACAUUCCAAGAAUUCUCUUAUUCUCUCUACUUUAAUUAGUUUUUUAGCAGGCUCGCUUGUUUGGGGUCAUGCGUGAGUAUCUUGGCAGCCUCUGUGGCUCCACUGCCAAGAUACUCGCGCGUGACCCCAAACAAGCGAGUCUGCUAGCGGGCUAUAUUUUAACAGGAGAUGUAACUGCCUGAAAACCACACCCUGUAAUUGCCCAUAUAUAUGUUGUGAUAUACAGUAGAAACUAGGUAACUCAAACUCUAAAGGAGAAUGAAUAACAGUUUGAGUUAACAGGGAAUUUGAGUUAUCGAUGUUCUACUGUACUCUGCAUGCACUGUGUUUAAAGUGGUAAUGUCUUGUUUUAGAUAAGGCUCUGUUUUUAGGGUAAAAUUUCAACAAGCAACAUAGCCUUGCAACAGCAACAUGAGACAGAUAAAAAUUAAUGACAACAAAUGACUUGAAGAUGGCUUUGAAACUGCAACAGCGAUGAGCACAAUAUUAUUGAAAAUACAAUAGUAAAAUACUGUCAAGGACAUGUCCUCCACAGUAAGCAAAAUGUCCGGUUUUGAAAUUCAGCCUACAGGUAUAAAUCCCUCACUAAGAGGACCUGUUGAAAAGAUGCAGAAUAAUAAAUAUUUUUUUCAACCACUUGGUAGAAAAGGAGUUUAUUUCGCAGCAGAGGGAAAUGCUUUUGAUCUUGUUCACCAGCAUGACUACAGUUAUGUCUGCUGAAAACCUGCCAUACCCUUAGUCUUACCUUUCCUUUCCAACUUUAUCCUCAUGAUAAAUGCAUUUUCUGGUAUCAUUCUGCGAGCUUCUGUUAUAUAUCUGCUUAAAAAAUGGCCCUUUUCCAUUGCCACAUUUGUCACAACACAAUGCAAAUAUAGCUAAUGCAACUGCAAGAAAUGUUCAUUUUGCUUAUUUAGGGGGGUUGCUUAUUGGAAUUUUUGGGUGGGGUACUGCUUGACUCUAAGUUCUAUAACAUUAACGUUUUUUGUGUGCAUUCACUAGGUCACUCAGUCAAAGCCCCAGUGGGAAGAUGGCAAAAGGGAAAGGAUCUUCACUGGUAA